UACCUGUAAACGUUGUCCAUUCUCUAUGAAUCCGCCGUUCACCGGCGGCUUUAUGUCCCGAGUGUUUAUCCGUGCAGAAUAUGACGUGACGUGUGUUUUUACACGCUAAUUAAAAAGCUAACUCCGCGUGCUAACUGACGGUUAGCAUUAGCUGCGUCGCUGUCUUUAAGUUUACUCGCUGACGGAGGAGAAAGCUGUCGUCCUGUUUUGUUCGGCUACCGCUCGGAGACGUGCUGAGUCACGGUGGUGUGGUCGCUGACUUAAUACUUGGUGUUAUAAGCUACUGGUUUAAUAGUUUAUUGUUUCCCCCCAUUCGGUUUGUUUGUGGAAAAGUUUGAUGCACCUGCUGCGAGUUGAACCUGCUGAUAAAGAGAUUUACGAUUGAUCCAGAACGACGGUCGCAGAGUGAGGGGCGAUGUUUGAAAAUGUCCCAACAGUGUCCUCGGCGGAGCGCCAGCAGGUGCUGGGAGCUCUGGAGCGUCUGCAGGCCAAACUGGCCCAGCGGGAGGAGUGGACCCACAGUGAGACAGUGGGAAACCUGAGGGAGACCCUGCAGAGUCCGUUGUUUAGCCACAUCCUGACCCUGCAGCACUCCAUCAAACAGCUCCGGAACCAGCUGGGCAGCAUGCCGCCUGAUGCCAGCAGUGACUUCAGUUUCUCCAAAAAGGGUCAGCUAAUCAUGAGCGCCGUCCCUCCAGCUAGCAGCUCGGCCACGCCCACCCCUUCCUCCUCUUCCUCCUCCUUCUUGACCAACGGCUCGUCUCCAUCCAUUCACCAGACUCCGCCCUCUUCUGACCCCGUCUUGCAGAAGUGGAUCAUUACUGCCGCCAAGGGCCGUCACACGGAGCUGUGUCAGCUGACUCGGCCUCUGUCUGGAGGCCUUGGCUUCAGCGUGGUCGGCCUGAAUCCCGCAGGAAGCAGCAGUCAGGGCGUCUUUGUCAAACACAUCCAGCCUGGAGGCAUCGCACAAAGGGACGGGCGUCUCCAGGAGAGGGACCAGGUCCUGGUGAUAAACGGGGUUCCUCUGGAGCCGGGGAUCAGCCAGCGGCAGGCGUUGACCCUCCUGCAGCAGCCAGGGGAGACGGUGGAGCUGGUGGUGGCCCGGGACCGCCCCAUCGACGCGUCGUCGUCACCCGUCGGCACGGACCAGUGGGGUCACAUGGAGGAAAUCGAGCUGGUGAACGAUGGAUCUGGUUUGGGCUUCGGCAUCGUGGGAGGGAGGACGACCGGAGUGGUGGUCAGGACGCUCAUCCCAGACAGCGUGGCGGACAAGGACGGGCGUCUUCGCACAGGUGACCAUAUCCUUCGCAUUGGGGAAACGCCCACCAGCGGCCUCACCAGCGACCAGGUCGUCAAGGUUCUGCAAGGGUGUGGAAGCCAAGUGACAUUGCUGAUCGCCAGGGAUCCCCGGGGUCAAAGGUCAACAGGCCCGCCUCCCCCACCACCUCCUGACUCGGCCCCUGUCUACUCUUUACCCGCUCGUCCCCCGGCCAUACCACCCCAAUGCUGGCCCAGCAAAACGCCCAACCUGGAGGGAUAUGAGAUCCACGAGGUUCCUAUAACCAAGAACGACGGCCAGAGCCUCGGCAUCUCCAUCAUCGGCUACAACCCCUUGACCAGCCAAGAUGCAGUGGGUGUGUUUGUCAAACAUGUGGUUCCAGGCAGCGCUGCAGAUCACAGCGGAAACAUCCGAAUCCACGACCGACUGCUCGCUUUGGAUGGUGUCAGUCUCCACGGUCUGACCAAUCAGGAGGUGAUGGAGGUGAUGAGGCAGACGGGUCAGACAGUUGUCCUCAGUGUGGUCAGGAAGAAACUCCGAUCCCUGGAGAGAUCCCUGGAUAAAGUGGAGAGGGAGUCGUCUCGUCUGUCAUCGUGGAGGUCGUUGGAGAGCCGAGCUCACUCGACUGGGGUUAGCCUAACGACGCCAAGUCUCGAACCGACGUACCCGGACGCAGCACAGCUAGAAAGAGAUGCAGAAUUGUGGGCUAAAUGGGAGCAGGCGCUGGGACCGAAGUACCAAGUUCUGGUGGUGAAGUUGGAUCCUGUCAUUGAAGACGAUGCCGAGCUGCAAAAAUCCUCCAAGCUGCUGCCCGUCCACACUGUGCGUCUUGGUGUCGAGCUGGACUCGUUCGAUGGACACCACUACAUCUCCUCGGUGGUUCCUGGAGGCCCCGUGGACAAACAUGGAGUCUUGAGGCCAGAGGAUGAGCUCCUGGAGGUAAAUGAUGUUCAGCUCUACGGUAAGUCUCGUCGAGAAGUGGUCUCGUUCCUGAAAGAAGUGCCUCCUCCGUUCACUCUGAUCUGCUGCCGACAUCCGACCUCUGAGCUGGAACCAGAAUCUGAAUCUGAACCUGAACCUGUUCUACGGGCUGGACCUGGACCAGUAAGACAGUCACAACCCAGUGUGGAGGAGAUGGAGCUGAAGCUGUCGUCGAUGUUCUGCAGAGAGACGGAACUGAGAGAGAGCGUCACUGAACAGCAGCAGGCAGACAGACGGGAGGAGCAGGUAUCCCCUGUCGAUAAGAUGCUGAUGGAGGCUCACCUUAACCAGGAAGAUGAGGAGGAGGAAGAGGAGGAGCAUGAAGAUGAAGGGGAGCUGGCUCAGUGGUCUCCAGACAUCCAGAUCCUGGAGCUUCAGAAGGAGAGAGACAAAGGCCUCGGCUUCAGCAUCCUUGAUUACCAGGACCCGCUGGAUCCCGGUCGAUGCGUGAUGGUGAUCCGGUCUCUGGUCCCCGGCGGCUUCGCGGAGCGCCACGGCAGACUGCUCCCCGGAGACCAGCUGGUCUCGGUCAACCAGACCCAGUUGGACCCGCUCACCCUGGACCAGGCCUUGGAGGUCCUGAAGUCCGCCCCGCCCGGCACAGUCCGCCUGGGCAUCCGCAAGCCUCUGGCGGCGGUGCAGGAACCAGAGAGGAUCAGCCAGGUGUACCUCAGCAACGCACAACUGCCUGUACCAAAAGGUUUCGGCGACGGCUCCAUCCUGCCCUCUGACCUUCGUCAGGAGGAGGAGGAGGAGGAAGGGGAAGAAGAGGAGCCGGAGCUUAUCCUGGACGGAGGUCUGCCUCGCUACUCCUCCUUCCCUCUGACUUCCAAUCUCCUGCCUGCGGAGGAGGAGAGGGAGAUGGCCGUGGAUGAGGAUUUGGAGGAGGAGGAUGAUGAUGAGGAGGAGGUGGUGAUGAUGAUGACGCAGGAGAAAGUGGAGGAGAGCAUGGGCUCCCUCCUCAGGAGACCACCUCCGUCUUGGGAGGAGUGGAAGCUCACCUCCAGCCGGCCCAGUCGAGUCGAGGAGGGGAAGCAGGAGGAAGAAGAGGAAGACAAGCAGAGAUCAGACCACGAAAGCAUUGUGUCCAUCGGAAACCUGAUUGUUGAUUCCAGAGACAGUGAAGCAGACUCUGAACUCACGCUGACGGACACCGACACAGAGUCCGUCAGGAGAAUUGACACUGAGAGAAGGAGGAGGCGGAGCCAGGGUGGAGCCUCUCUACCAAUCAGAGGAGGACAAUUCGACCUUCCUGAAAGAGAGGAGGGCGAGGGAGAGGAAACGCCGGCCUUCAGUCACUGGGGACCCCCUCGCAGGGUGGAGGUGUGGCCAGAAGAGGGCCAGUCUUUGGGUCUGAGCAUCGUGGGCGGUUGCCAUGUCAUCAAGCGUCUGAGGAACGGCGAGGAACUGAAGGGAAUCUUCAUCAAACAGGUUCUAAAGAGCAGCCCCGCCGCCAAAACGCAGUGCCUGAAAACCGGAGACAAGAUCCUGGAGGUUUCAGGAGUUGACCUACAACUGGCCAGUCACGAGGAGGCGGUCAAUGCCAUCAAAUCAGCCCCGAGCCCCGUCGUCUUCAUCGUCCAGAGCCUAUCAGCAACUCCACGACCUGUGUCUAUAAUCGCUUCCAGCUACAAUAAAUACAAAGGACAGAGGACAGAGUCUCCGGCACCAGGUGCAGCCCCGCCCCCUCUAAGACAACCCCCGCCCUACAGAACGCCCAACCAAUCGGAGCAGGGCUCGAAUUCGGACCUGGAGCAGGCCAAAGAGCGUUGGUGUGAGCGUUAUGGAGACCUGCAGGGGGAGCUGCUGUGCGUGGAGCUGGAGAAGGAGCGGCAGGGUUUGGGUCUCAGCCUGGCAGGAAACAGGGAUCGUUCCCGCCUCAGCAUCUUUGUGGUGGGACUCCAUCCGGGAGGGACGGCGGCUCGAGAUGGACGUAUCCGGGUCGGAGACGAGCUGCUGGAGAUUAACAACCAGGUUCUCUAUGGGCGGAGUCACCAGAACGCCUCGGCCAUUAUUAAGAGCGCCGCCCCCAAGGUGAAACUCAUCCUGCUCAGAAAUGAGGACGCUAUAAACCAGAUGGCAGUCCCGCCCUUCACGUCUCCCCCUCCUCCCCCUGUCCUCGGCCCCGUCAGCCCCGAGUCCGUCUGUCCGGCUCCUCUCGCCGUCUCCGUCCCCACCGACGCACCCCGCCCCCCCGACAGUUUGACGCUCCACCCUUCAUUGGACCUGCUGGAAGCGAAGAGCGAUGAAGACGAACCGAACAACAGGAACAGAAGCAGCAGCAACAGCAACACCAGCGCCCCCAAGAGUCUGACGGAGAGCGACGCCUCUACAAAGAGGCUGAAAUUUGCACAGACUCCAGAAAAUGAUAUUGAGGCUCCGAAGGCGUUGCUGGAGCAGCAGUCCUCCAGAGCUUCCAGCAGUUCCAGUAAACAGGCGACAGCAGCAUCUCCUCCUCUGAUAAGUCCCGACCUGCAAGCUGCCAACAGAGACCCAACAUGCUGUGCGGUGGUUCCUGGUCAGGAGAUGCUGUUGGAGAUCUCUAAAGGCCGAUCAGGACUCGGGCUCAGCAUAGUGGGCGGAAAAGACACACAGCUGGACGCCAUCGUGAUCCAUGAGGUUUACGAGGAAGGAGCUGCAGCCAGGGACGGACGCCUGUGGGCGGGAGACCAAAUACUCGAGGUGAACGGGGUGGACCUGCGAGGGGCGUCCCACGAGGAGGCCAUCGCCGCGCUGCGCCACACGCCGGCGAAGGUUUGCCUGACGGUGCUGAGGGACGAAGCUCAGUACAGAGACGAGGAGAACCUGGACCUCCUGAAGGUGGAGCUGCAGAAAAGGAGUGGCAGAGGGCUGGGACUCAGCAUCGUCGGGAAGAGGAGUGGCAGCGGUGUGUUUAUCUCUGAGGUGGUCAGAGGGGGCGCGGCAGAGCUGGACGGUCGUCUGAUGCAAGGAGAUCAAAUCCUGUCGGUCAAUGGAGACGACACGAAACACGCCUCCCAGGAAACUGUCGCCGCCAUCCUGAAGUGUGCUCGAGGUCCGGUUCAGUUGGAGCUCGGACGACUCAAAGCUGCAACCUGGAUCUCCUCCAGACGCAACUCACAAGGAAGCCAGAUGAGUCAUGCGAGUGGGAACAGCUCAGGUGUAGCGGCUCCGCCCCUCCCGAACACCUCAACAUCUUGUGACCCCGUGACCCCCGACCCCCCAGGGUUGACCUCCACCGGGCCCCUGCUUCUCAACAACAAGACCCGUGACAUCACUUCCUGCUCUAACAGCACAGGGGGAGACGCUGGCGUCCGUACAGUGGAGAUCACACGGGCGUCACCUGAAGCAAGUCUCCCCUCUCUCCCCCCUCAGAGUGUCAGCGACUCCCUCGGGGUGAGUAUAGCGGGGGGGAAGGGCAGCCCGCUGGGUGACAUCCCCAUUUUCAUCGCUAUGAUUCAGGCCAACGGGGUCGCCGCCAAGACACAGCGGCUCAAGGUGGGCGACAGGAUCGUCAGUAUCAACAGUCAGUCUGUGGACGGCCUGUCACACAGCGAUGUCGUCGGCAUGAUGAAGAACAGCUCCGGAAGCAUCAGCCUGCAGGUGGUAGCAGACACCAACAUCAGCGCCAUUGCCACUCAGGUGGAGAGUUUGUACAGCAGCUCCAGUCUGUCAGCUGACACACACAAAGCAGAGCCAGAGGGUCCGUGGCCCCGCAACAUCAGUCUGGAGAAAGGCUCCGAGGGACUCGGCUUCAGCAUCGUCGGAGGAUUCGGCAGUCCACACGGAGACCUGCCCAUCUACGUCAAGACCGUCUUCAGCAAGGGCGCGGCGGCGCUGGAUGGCCGCCUGAAGCGGGGCGACCAGAUCCUGUUGGUGAACGGAGAGAGUCUGCAGGGAGCGACGCACGAGCAGGCGGUCGCCAUCCUGAAGAAACAGAGAGGGACCGUCACACUGGACAUCCUGUCAUAACACACGCACACACACACACACACACACACAUUGCAUGCAUACACGUUUGCAUCAGCUGCAUACACACAUCUAUGAAAGCAGAUGCUCUUGUGAUGUCCUUCACACACUUUGACUCUUGGACUACGAAUCAUCGUGGAUCGUGAACUCUGAACCUUCCAACAUGCAAAAAAGAAACGGCUUCAGACGGUGCCAACACACACACACACACACACACACACACACACACACACUGAUGUCUGACACCAGUGAGCAGGUGGGGUCACGUGAUACGUAGACGUGGUCCCGAGAAACUUCUGAUGUAUUGAUAUUUGUUUUGGCCAAGAGGAUCGUGGCUUUAAGCGAAAUCAGACGGGGUCAGAAGCCAGAAAAGGUUAAGAAACUCCGUAACUAGACACGCUAUUAAAUCAGAAUAUCGUCAAGAAGGAAAAAAAGUAUCAAUAUGGAGUCAUUACUUUAUUGCCAGGCUGCACUAGUUAAUGCAUUCCGACACACGGACAAUGGGUUUGUUUUCUUGUUUGUGAUCCAGAAGAACAAAAGGGACACCGCGUUGGUGAAAUGAUGUGUUCUCCGACACCGCUGCACACGUUAGCUUAGCAUCUCCUUUGUGGUAAAAGACUGACGAGCCGCUAGACACCGAGGAGAAGUUCAUUAUAAAUGUGGAAACUGUAACACUGCUGAUCAACAUCAACAUCUGUUUUUUACCCUCCACUCAGAACAAACAAACUAUUGGAGAAACAGCUGUUUUAGAGGAUAAGCUAGUGAUCAACACUUGUUAAUUCAGUUGAACAAUUUAUCUUAAAUGUUGUCAGUUUCCAGACUUCCAUAUGUAAAAUGUAAAAAAUAAUAAUAAAAGAGAGGGAAUCCACUCAUUCGGUCAUUCCAAAAUCAUUCCUACGAUUCAUUGUCAGGUCUGACUUUUUAAAGAAAAUCAAAGAAUUCAUUGGUGAUUUUCUUUUAACUUAAAAAAAAAUAGAGAAAAUCGGAUUACAAAAUUUAAAACAAUAAACUUUAGUUAAAACUUUGAGAUAUAUUAAAAAUUGGCUUCAUAAUAGACACACUUGUUGAAAGGUGUUAUCUAUUCACACAAUGUACACAUUUCUGUUAAACGAGGUACGGCUGUUAAAGUGUCCUCGUCAGUUCGCUGUCUUAGAUAAAGUGAUUCAACACAAACUUUGAUAAACAUGUAAUUCCUUGUACGCACACAUUCUUCUUCCAGUAAUUCAUCCAUUUUGACACAUAAAGGAAAAAACAAUAUAAAUGUUAAACAUGUGUCUCUGUGGAGAUGAAUCUCAGGACUUGGUGGGCUUGGAGAACCCCUGUCGCCCCCGGCAACAGAUACAGUGUCUUCCACAUGAUUUUAAUCAUGGAGAUAAAAUUAUAAAAAUAUGUCUCCAUGGAGAACUAUAAAAGGCUUUCUAGAAGCGGGCGUGAAUAAAAGCAACAGACUGACAUUUAUAUAAAAACUAUUGCUCUGUUUUCAGUGGCGUCGCUGUAGACCCAGGAAGUGGUUAGCCUAGCUUAGCACAAAGACUGAAUGCAGGCGGGCAAUUAUCCCUCGAACAACUCAAAACAAUCCAAUUCAAAGGUUACAUUUGGUUUGUUUAAUUGUUGUAGGAAUAGCAAUUCAUGUUUAAAUUAACGGGGACUUUGUUGCACGGAAAAUGUUUUAUGGUCGACUGCACAUCAGUUAAUAGGUUUAAAUUUGUUUUCUGCAUUGAUUUAACGGUUGAAAAAUAGCUUUGAAGACAUCUCUUAAGAUUCACCUGAAAUGGAGAAGUACGGCAUUUUUAAGAUGUGAAAAUACCAAAUGGCUUUCAUGUUAGGAACUUUUAAGUGUUUAGUGUUCUCCUGGAAAAAAACUAAUUCCAUGCAGGAAUCUCAACAUAGAUUACAACCCAUUAUGUUGAGUUAAUGCAUUUGUCAUCAUUAUAAGAGGUUGUUAAAGGCUGCGGACGUUUAAAAUGUAUUCUGAACGGUAUUAAUUCAUUUUCAUCGAAGACUAAAAGUCCAAUGUCAAGAAAAUGCUCGCAAUACUGAAGGUGUAGCUCUCAAGGAGUGUAACAUUAUAACUUUUGUAACCUAAAGAUGUUGCUAGAUAACCUACAUUUUUAGAAGGAGAACAAAAGGAUUUCCCAACAUGUCAGACUGUUGCUUUCUGUCUUAAAUUCUACAACGUGAAGUUAGUUGUGUUUGCAGAGUUUUGCUGAAGUCUCGUAUGAUACCACGGUGUGUGAAUCUUUUCGAUGUGUAAUUGAGGUAUUUAGCAGCAGCUGUCGGCGUCGGUCCAGUUUGCUGAGCAGAAUCCUGUCGCCUCUAAACAUGUCACUCGAGUGUAAAACACUUUCUGUUGAGCCUGUUUCUGUCAUAACCACUGUCCUAAUUGUUGGUACUUGUAUUUGAAGUUGUCGGAGUAGAUGAACUGUAAUUUAUUUGUGUGAUCUCACUGGAAACUAACAAUGUAUUAUUUGUUUUUAUAUUAUUCUGAGUACCGAUAUGUUUGUGCUCGUGUCGUUGUCCGAGCAGUCAGAAACCCUGCAGCUUUGGUUCGCCUUCACACAGGACUCCGCAGGGGUCGCUGCCAAAAACCAGCUGAGGUUGCACUUUAUUUGACAUCCUUUCUUCAUCAUUUCCUCACAAGUUUCCUGGACAGAAAUGUCAAUUGGUACUAUUUCUAGAGAACAAAGAGGGAUCUUUUAGUCAGAGCACAAAAGAUGAACAAUAGAUUUAACCUCUUUUUGAGGGAGAAUUCCUGUGAAAUGCAACUGCUAACAUUAUUACUAUUAUGACACUGUUGAAAAGUGGGAGGAGUUAUUUCAUGUGCCCCCAGGCAGCAGAAGUUCUAUUGCUUUUAUCCAUUGACAAUGUAAUAAAACGUUUUUUGUCCUAAA